CAUCUCUCCCCCCCUUCUCUCCUCCCACAUCAUGAUGCGCAUCCGCCCAGCACUCACGCGCAGCGUGUUCAGCGGCAUCGCGCCGUCGCGCUGGGGUGCCGACGCGAUGCCGGAGCACGUGCCGCCCGCCGCGAGCUUGAAGCCACGCGCGAACGCCGGCCUCACCCCGCCCCCGCUGGCUUUCAGCCGCGCCGACUUGGCCGCCAUGCGCGCAAAGCUCAACGACGCGCCGACUAUGCCCAUCGCCGACAUGCCCGCCCACACGUGCAAGUUCGACAAGCGGCCGCCGCGCGAUGCCGGCGUGCUCAUCCCGCUGGCUAACAUCGGCGGUGUCGCGCACGUUAUCAUGGAGGUGCGGGCUGCGGGGUUGCGGGUGCAUGCGAGCGAGGCAAGCUUUCCAGGCGGCAAGGUAGAAGAAGGCGACGCCAGUGUUGUGCACACUGCGCUGCGUGAAACCGAGGAGGAGCUCGCACUGCCCACAACAAAUGUGGAAGUGCUCGGUUCGCUCAAUCCCGAGUAUUCGUUGGGAAACAAGUCGCGUGUCUGGCCGAUCAUUGGCUUCGUACACACCUCGGACGCAUUCGACGCAGCAACCGACGCCGCCAUCUCCGGCAACGCGACGACCAAGCCCCUGCCCUCGCUGAGCUUGAGCACGCUCCGCCCAGACCCCGGAGAAGUGAGCGGGCUGAUCCCGCUGCCGCUCUCGGCCGUCGCAGACCCCGCGCGCCAGGCAGCCCACUACUUCCGCCUCGACGGGCGGCGGCCGUACUGGAAGAUCCGGUGCGGCGACCUCAUCCACCCCCCGCCCGACGAGCCCAUGCCUCUCGAAGUAUGGGGACUUACAGGCUGGUUCCUCGCCCGCUUCGCCGAGCAGAUGGGGUGGAGCGACCGGCCGCCUGUCAGCCUGCCGCCGACCGACGACUAGCUGUAGUGGGACUGUGAUAGGAUGCAUCUGUACCGUUC